AUGGAAAAUAAACCUUAUGAUGUUGUCAUGAUUGGAUGUGGUUCAUAUGAAAUUGAAGCAGCAACUGAAUUACUUUCUCAAUCGAAUUUGACUUUCACUAUUUUAGAAGCACAUGAUCGAGUUGAAGAUCGUGCUUAUACUGGUCAACAUUCAUUGAAAUCUUCGUUUGAUGUUGGAGCUGAAUGGAUACAUCAAUAUGGUCCUAAUAAUUUUCUUUAUUCUUUUUAUGAACAACUUAGAACAGAGUUGAAUGACGGUUAUUAUAUUCAAUUAUUUAAUCCAGCAACAAUCGUUGGUUAUGAUUCAGAUAGUUCGAUUAUUGCUCAACAAAUUUGUACUUAA